CCCAAUCCUCAUCAGGGCUUGAUUAAAGGCGGUGGGGGCAGGGAUCAGGCGCGCCGCAUCUCGAAGUGCGUGUUUCUCCGUGGAGGCAGCUUCGCACACAGCUGACAGAAAACUAGCUUGGCUGACAGAAACACAUAGCAAACAAUGGCUGGCGGGAGCUCUGUGGAAGCUGUGAAGAAGAAAAUCAAGUCUCUGCAGGAGCAGGCCGAUGCGGCGGAGGAGCGGGCGUCAUCUCUACAGCGGGAACUGAACCAGGAGAGGAGGGCGAGGGAGGCGGCUGAGGGUGAUGUAGCUUCCCUGAACAGACGGAUCCAGCUGGUUGAGGAGGAGUUGGACCGUGCCCAGGAGCGUCUGGCCACAGCUCUGUCCAAGCUGGAGGAGGCGGAGAAGGCUGCUGAUGAGAGUGAGAGAGGCAUGAAGGUCAUUGAGAACAGGGCGAUGAAGGAUGAGGAGAAGAUGGAGCUGCAGGAGAUCCAGCUGAAGGAGGCCAAACACAUCGCUGAGGAGGCUGACCGCAAAUACGAGGAGGUGGCUCGUAAGCUGGUGAUCAUUGAGAGUGACUUGGAACGUACGGAGGAACGAGCCGAGCUGUCUGAGAGCAAAUGCUCUGAGCUGGAGGAGGAGCUGAAAACUGUGCAGAACAACCUGAAGUCCCUGGAGGCCCAGGCAGAGAAGUACUCACAGAAGGAGGACAAGUACGAGGAGGAGAUCAAGGUUCUGACAGACAAGCUGAAGGAGGCCGAAACCCGUGCUGAGUUUGCUGAGAGAUCAGUCGCCAAGCUUGAGAAGACCAUCGACGACCUGGAGGAUGAGCUGUACGCCCAGAAACUGAAGUACAAGGCCAUCAGUGAGGAGCUGGACCACGCCCUCAAUGACAUGACGUCCAUGUAAUUCACCAGCAGCUUGUUCCUGCUCGACACUACUAGCCGUUCUAACACCACACAGUAGCUCCCUCUUGUGGCUUGUUUGGGUGCAGUGAUUUAGGUCCUGCACUGCUUGACUAACACUGAUUUGUGUGUGAACUGGAGAUGUUUUGUAGGCAUUUGUGAUGAAGUUCUUUGACUAGAUUUUCCCGUUUUCUUGCAACACAGCCAGAUUUCAUCAUUAGUUCUCUUUAGCUUUUAUACCUUAGCUCUGCAUCCUUUUUUCCUCCUUUGGUCCUGCAUGUCAUUUAUCUUUCUUUCCACCUUUUAUUUCUCCCUCCAACACUUUUGUUCUUCUGUUUUUCACAGCUAAAGUUCUACACCCUUCACUCCAGAGGCUGGUUGAGCAUCUUCCUCUUUUUCCUGUGCAGUGCAGCCCAACUGUUUCUUUCCUGCCCUGCCCCUACUGCACACUGGGCUGCUGCUGCCUUCAUCCAUCUCUCACACAGAUCUUUGAGCCAUACUGUAAAAUAAACAUUCUUCCAUUGGUGUCAGCUCUUCCUAUUUUCCCCUGCGAUGUCUCUUCAUUUCCAGUUGUCUCGUCUUGUUUUGAUUUGUCCUCUUUGUGUUAAUUUUUGUUGAGUAGCUUCUGAAUAAGCUCUGAAGCGCCUCUUCCAUUCAUUGCUCCAUUUUUUUGUGUCACAGGAUUGUCCUGUGGUGUAAUGGCAGUAUCAGGGGUGUUGAUGCUAUUUAAUUUUAACAAUCUAACGACUGUUUUCCUAUGAAUGAAAGGUUACCUGCUGUGGUAGUCGGCUGAUUCCCUCAUUUGUGCUGCUGUUUCUGAGGGUCAUUGUGUCUCUAGUGUUUUGCUUUUACUGACUCGAACGUCAUAAGAGUGGUGAUUUAUGUUCAAAGCAUGAAUUUCAGCCAUAGUUGAUUUGGCGAUACCUGUGUGUUGUGACACGAUGUCGGAUGCAUGAGAAAGGUAACUGGUGUCUGUUUACAGUACAGACUGUAGGCACUGUACGCAGGUUUCUAGUGUGAUAAUCAUAGCUUCAGUCCCUGCACCAAAACCUGUUUGUUUCCAGGAUUUCCUCAGUCUCUGGGAAGAGACGUAAGCCGUUUUCACACAUGAAUUCUGUACGGUCUCUGUGGAAUUGGGUCCUGACUUUGUCCAGAGCUGCUCUUUCACACAUCUAGCACACAACAGGAGGUAGUCCAUGUCAGACACCUACUGGAAACACUCCUUUUGGUCCAUGAGCGUGGGACGCCCCUGGGUAGAGCAUGCAGGAGGUGGGACAUGAUGUGGUCACGUAGCCAGUUUGUAAUUUGGUCAUAAACAACCGUGUCUUACCUUCUCUGACGGUUCUGGCACCGGCUUAUAAUGACAGAAGUUCCUCAAUAUCCUCGUGUCUCCAGGUAGAUAUUUUAAUUGCCUUCUUCAUUGUAAAUGACAGUCUUCCUUCACCCAGUCGAUGUUUGUAUUCAUCUUCUGGUUUUGCACCAGUCACAUGAUGGAACAUCAUCAACAAUCCCACUAGCUCCGUGUGAACACUCCAGACUAUUAGCUGCUGUAUUCUCACCUGGACUCACUUAGACCUUAGGCAGACUUUUUGCACUGGGGAUCUGGCAGAAUAAGGUCUGGGUCAGCUGACUCAGACAUUUGCCUUCUCACAUACAGCUCCCUGGGUAAAGUCUAGAGAUUUUCAUGGUUCCAGUGCAUGUCUGAAAAGGGCUAUAUCAAUCUGUGGGUAACUAGGGCGACAGCUUAGUGGCAACUUUGGAAUCUGAAUAACAGUUGUUGCUUUAACGUGAUCUCUGAGCCUGGCUGUUCAAUAGCUUGAACACAGACUGACACUUGUUUUCUUUGUCUUCUGUACUAACCUGCAUUCUGUCUCUUUGCCUUUUCUCCUACCUGCUGUC